AUGGAAUUGGUUAGCGCUCCGGCUAAGAUACCGGGCUGUCCACCUGGUUUGGAAUAUUUGACAGCUAUUGAUCAGCUAAUGGUAAAUCAAAAAGUUGAAACUCUUGAAGCUAUAGUUGGUGUGGAGACUAAUAAUAGAUAUGUUAUUUUAAAUGCACUCGGUCAAAAAAUUUUCCAUGCUGAAGAGGAAAGUAAUUGGUGGGCUCGCAACUGUAUUGGUAAAUCGCGUGCAUUUGACAUGAAAGUUUUCGAUAACUUUCAGAAUGAAGUAUUGCACUUCUAUCGACCAUGGAUGUGUGCAAAAUUUUUUUCGCAAGGUUGUACGCAAAGUAUCGAAGUAUCGGCACCACCAGGAAAUUUGAUUGGACGUGUUGAACAGGCUUGGGCCGGAUGGUGCACACCAGCUUAUCGCAUUGUAAAUGAGAAUAAUGAAAAUAUAUUACGUAUUGAGGGUCAAUCUUGUUUAGCUAGUUGCGGAAGUGAUGUGGUAUUUAAUGUCCUCUCACUCGAUGGUACAGCAAUUGGAAAAAUUGCAAAGAAAUGGGGCGGUUUCACUCGUGAAUUUUUUACUGAUGCUGAUAACUUUGGGGUUACUUUCCCAUUGGACUUGGAUGUUCGUUCGAAAGCACUACUUAUGGGUGCAACCAUUCUAAUAGAUAUGACAUAUUUUGAGCAGAGUAAUUAAAUUAAUUAAUUCACUUCACUCCAAUGUCUUAUGUGCCUUUUAAAUAGAUGCAUUUUAUUCAGAUGUGGUACAAAAGGAAAGUACAAAAUAAAUUUACCUUUGAUGUAAAUUUGAACUUAAAGUACAAAAUAAA